UGUCGUUUAACCGCCGUGGUGAAUUCAGCUAACUACACAGAGAGAGGGAGGCGCAGCCUUAAAUAUUUCUCCAUCGAUUAACUUUAUUGCCUGACAGGGUUAAGACGUAACUUUUUGAAGGUUUAAGUCCUUUCGGACAGCGGCAUUAACCGGAGCAUAGCUGUUAGUAGUUAGCUAACGCUGUGACUCUUUAAAUUAUGCUAUUUAAUCUUAUUUAAUGUGUUUGACCGUUAAAUAAGAGAAACGGGGAACAAACUAACACCAACACAGAGUAUCUCCUGCUGGGUGAGGGACGUCCAGUCUGUCCAUCGGACCUGUAGGAGCAGCUCCAGAGGGUGAUCUGUUGGAGCGGCUGGGAGUCAGGAUGCCUCUGUUCUUCCGGAAGAGGAAGCCCAGCGAGGAUUCCCAGAAGAGGUUGGAGCAUCAGCUGUACUGGGCGAACCAAAAUGGAGCCGGCGACAUCCUGGACGUCUCCGGCUGCGAACUGGCAGAGCUCCCGUCCACGGUCUUCUCCAUCUGUAAGGUCCAACAGAAGAAGGUCCUGAUUCUCCACACCAACGACCUGAAGCACCUGCUGCCCAAAGGAUGCGACAUAAUCUCCCUGUCUACCUUAAAGACUGAGUUUUAUGUUGUUGUAACUCGAUGCUUGAUGCGGUUCACAGAGCUAGGAGAGGAGUACUGCCCUCCGUCUCAGUAUCUCCUGCCGGUUCUGGAGAGCGAUUGUGGCAAACAGAACUCGGACUGUUUGGAUGGACUGGAGGAGGCCUGGCAGGAUCAGGAGCGUGCGCAGCUGGGCUUCAGCCAGCAGCAGAGGGCUCAGGAGGCCGAGAGGCAGCUGCUGUUGGAGAAGGUCCGGCAGGCCGAGGACAACAUCAGCUGCCGCAUCAGCAGUUUGUUGCUCGACAACAACAGGCAGAAGAAGAGCGCAGAGUUCCUUCAAGCUUUGGAGGAGGAUCGGAUCCGGAUGGAGCAGCUAACCGCCAUCACUCAGGAGGAGGCCGACUCACUGCGGAAGAGGGAUGUAGCAGCCGCCAUGCAGAAGAUGCUGUCAGACGGCUGCGCCAUGAGCCUCCUCCAGGAAGCUAGCGACAGUCGCAGACAAAGCCUGGUCUCCGAGGCCUGCAGGAGCAUGGAGGUUAUGGACAAGAAGUUUGACCAGAUGCUGUCGCUUCAGGUUCUGGACAAGUCUAAAGCCAUUGCUCAGAUCUUACAGGAGGAGGAGAUGCAGAAAGCUGCGUUUCAGGCUCUGCAGCUGCAGAAAGACGCGGUACACGGUUACAUCCGCAACCAGAUCAAGCUCAUUGAGGCCGAACUCAUGCAGCUGACUAAACUGGAGAUUAAGAAACGCAACCUGGAUGCUGAGAACCUGCAGGACGUUCUGGUGGACCAGCGCACGGCCCUCGGUGAUUUACUGCAGAGCCUGCUGAAGCAGCGAGACCAGAGGGAGCAGGAGCUGCGGGCGGUUCUGGUGGAGAUGGAGAAGAAAUCCGACUCCAACGAGCAGAACUAUUGGAUGAUUCAGUACCAGCGCCUGCUGGACGCCAAGCCUCUGUCGCUGCGGAUGCAGGAGGCGGGUUUGGAGAAGGAGCUGGUGAACCUGCUGUGCAGACUGUCGGCGCAGCAGUACCUGCCCACCCUGGCUCACCAUCACAUCACCACCGAGACGCUGCGCCACAUGACGACCUCGGACCUCAAGAAGUUGGGAAUCAGUGAAGCUGGGAUCCAGAAAGCUCUGCUGAACUGGGCUCGGGAACGCCAACCUGCAACAGGAGCUUGUAAAGCUGUUCAGAAGGACGAGGAGGUGACCCCCACAGCUCCGACUCCACCCCCCUCUCCACUUCUCCCCAGCACCUCCACCAUGCUGACCCCCAGCCCACCACGAUCACCUCGGACCCCUGGGACUCCCGUCACCCCGUCGGCGCCCGCACCGGUGGAGGGACCAGGAAGCUCGGAAUGUGUGGUCUGCAUGGAGAAGGAGUCUCAGGUGAUCUUCCUGCUGUGCGGCCAUGUCUGCUGCUGCCAGGUGUGCAGCGACGCCAUGCUGAACUGCCCCCUGUGUCGUGGCACCAUUUCCCAGCGCAUUCGGCUCUACCACAACUAGAACCUGGACCAGAACCGGCUCGCCCUCUCCACCGACCACCUCUGUGUAUUUAUGCAUGAUCUUAAAGCUGCUGUGAGGAAACAUGUCGUGUCUCUAAUAAAAACACUCUCAGUGCUGAGUCACAGAACCACAUCAGAACCCGGAUGGUCCCAGAACCCCUGGUUCUAUCAGUUCCUGUGGAUUUUACUCACAGAAAGGGAGCAGUUUGUGCCUUUUAUCAUUCAACCUCAUUUAGUUUUUCUGCAUCUUUAGCCAAAGUAGCAACCCUCCUUCAUUUCUAGUGGCUCCACCGUCACUUCAAUGCCAUGUGGACAUCAUGUUAACCGUGUCAAAGGUCGUCUGAGUCGAAUUUAUCCUGCAUUUUAUCCCACUUUCAUCACUGUAGGGUUUAUUUUAGACAAUUAAUGAGAAUCAUUUAUCUGUGAAUCUUCCUGGAAGCAAACAGGUUUAAUAGUAAAAAUGAAAACAGCUGCAUAAAGACACAAAAAGGGAGUUCCUCCAGUUUUAUAAGCUUGUUUGUAAUCACUUCAUGUGUUUUAUUCUUUGGGUGUUUUAACCCAAAUCUAAAGGUUUUAUUUCCCCUAAUCAGGUUAAUCCAGUAAAGCACUUUAAGUCAACAUUUUCAAGUCCAGUUUAUGGAUUAAUAAUAAUAAGGAAUUAGAUAUAGA